AGCCUUGGCCACACACAUAAUUAGUUGAGCUAGUGUUUGUGAUAUCAAUUUCCUUUCAAUUCGUUAGUUCAUGUCAGAAGAUGGAUUAUUGUCAAACGUAUGGUGAACUGAACUGAAACCCACAAACUAAACCGAGAAAAUAUCUAAGUAAUCAUAUGAAUGAAUGAAUGAUAAAGAAGUUGUAUGAAAUGGCAAAAAUAUGCUGCUUCAAAGGAACAUCCCCUGCACUACCCAUACAGUUACGGAAACAACACUGCUCAAAGAGUAACACACCCAAUAGUAGAAAGACUUGUGCAAUUCAUAACAUGAAAACAGAAAAAAAUGAAACAUCUCAACUAUUGAAGAUUGCUGUCAGCGGAGUCACUGAGCUCCUCAGGCUUUUCACUCCUUUCCAACAAACAUGUGAUAUUGAGAAACAGAACAGUGAAUUCCCAGUUUCAAGUGUAGAUGAUGUUCUAAACACCAUCAAGUCUGAUUAUGACAAUGCUUAUUUUGUCACAGGGAACUUCACUUCUUCAAUUUAUGCAGAAAACUGUAUCUUUGAAGAUCCAACUAUUAAAUUUAGUGGUAGGGAUUUAUAUGCGCGCAACUUGAAAUUGCUUGUUCCCUUCUUUGAAUGUGCAUCGAUUCGAUUACUAAAGAUCGAAAAGGAUGUUGAGUCGGGAACAAAUUUCCUACGUGCAUAUUGGAAAUUGAGGACCAACUUAAAGCUUCCUUGGAAGCCUCUGAUUGCUAUUGAUGGAAGCACUUGCUAUGAAUUGAAUGAAGAUUUCAAAAUCAUUCGGCACGUCGAGAGUUGGAAUGUUUCUGCUCUUGAAGCAAUUUUGCAGAUUUUCACUUUUAAGUUCGAAAAACCGGUUAGUUGAAUGUCAUGAAGUUUUGCAUUCACACUUCACUCUUCGCUGCGCACUUGCUAAUGAGGAGGUCACUUUGUAAAUUAAAUUAACAUGUUUUCAUGUGAUUAUUAAUUUAUAUAAGGCAUGUUUGGUUACAGAGUGAAUUUUGCAAAAACAAUGUAGUGUAGCUUUUACAAAAUGACUACACUGUGACUUUGUCAAAUCCAUAGUGAAAUCAAACACACAUAGUAUUUUUCUGAUUUUUACUCAA